AUGUCAAAAGCUGAGUCGCUUCAUUAUCCUAAUCAAUUUGAAUCACAAGUCAAGUUAGCAUUAGAAGAUUCGAUCUGCAAUGAGAUGAUUUUAGAAGAAUCAGGGGUUAAACCGAAAGGACUCGAAAGAGAAAGAAAGAAAUCAGAUAUAGAUCGAGUCAAUCAAAGCGGAAUUCAAGUGGAUUGCAAUUCAAAUGAAGCGAUCAAAAUAUCAGAAGCAAUCUUUGAAUUGUAUUGUCCAUGUUCAACGAAAGAUAAUAUUAUUAUCAGAUCAAUCUUGGUUGUCUUUCCUAGAAGUUCAACUUUGUUUGACCAAUAUUUAAUUGAAUUGUUUAUUGGAUUUGGAUGGCAAUGUGUAGAUUCAUUUUGCACUGUUUUAUGUGUCCUUUUUGGACAAUCUAUUGUUGACAAUUCAGUUCAAAAUGAUUGGUCUGAUACAAGCUUGGAAUUAUCUGCUACCUAG